AGGCGGGCCUGCCAGUCCGUGGACAGAUACGGCGCCAUGAAUAUCUUACCCAAGAAGAGCUGGCACGUCCGGAACAAGGACAAUGUCGCCCGCGUGCGGCGUGACGAGGCCCAAGCUCGGGAGGAGGAGAAAGAGCGUGAGCGGAGGGCGCUACUCGCUCAGCAAGAGGCCCGCACAGAAUUCCUAAGGAAGAAAGCCAGGCAGCGCUCACUACCUGAGCUCGAAGCAGCAGAAGCAGGAGUCCCAGCCUCUGGCCCUGUGGAUCUGUUUCGGGAGCUGCUGGAGGAAGGGAAAGGGGUGACCAGAGGCAACAGAGAGUAUGAGGAAGAAAAGCGACAAGAGAAGGAGAGGCAGGAGAAAGCCUUGGGCAUCCUGACAUACCUGGGCCAGAGUGCAGCAGAAGCCCAGACUCAGCCCCCUUGGUACCAGCUCCCCCCAGGGCGAGGGGGCCCUCCCCCUGGUCCAGGACCAGAUGAGAAGGUCAAGAACCGCCUGGACCCUCUGCGGGAGAUGCAGAAACAUUUGGGGAAGAAGAGGAAGCGCAGUGGUGACGAUGGCAGUGACGGCAGAAAGGAAAAGAAGGAAGAGCCUGAGAAACGACGACCCAAGGAACCCCCGUCCCUGGACCAGCUUCGAGCUGAACGUCUCCGGCGGGAAGCAGCUGAGAGGGCUCGGGCAGAGGCCCUGCUGGCCCAGGUCAGAGGCACGGGGGCCCCGGAGCACCAGGCAGAAGAAGAGGUGGAUGAUCGGCGGAGGCGGUACAACUCUCAGUUCAACCCCCAGCUGGCCCGGCGCCCCCGCCGGCAGGAGCCCCACCUCGCUCACUGACUCUGAGGGGGUACAGGAGAGGCUGCUGCUGCCAGCCGUCAUAUAAAACUAUUUAUUCAUAAAUAUUUUCCAAAAUGAAAAUAGGUUUACCAAAAAAUGUCCCUCACUGGGGAGGGGAGGAGGGGGCAGCCCUCGCCCCCGGGCCCCCAGGGUGGGGCUGAGAGGAAGAGAACAUCUCCCAGUCCCUCCCUGCUUCCUGGGGGAGGGGGCUGCCCCAUGGCCUGGGGCCUCCCCCCAGUCUUCCAGGGCAGGGCCCUCACCUGGGCAGGGGAUCAGCAUGCGGGGGGAGGGGAGGGUGGAGGGAGGGGCCGGUGUCACUGGAGGUCCCGGUCCUCCAGGUAGCGGUACUCAAAGGUGAAGCCUUCCUUCUUCCGCUGGCCCCACUUCUCGUAGUCAAAGUAGAUGUAGGUGCCCUGGCCGGGGGAGAAGGUGGUCAGUGAGGGGACGAGGAGGUGGUUGGGGAUCUGGGUUGGGCCGACAGGGGACAGUUCUUAGGGCCGUGGAUGUGCCAGGCCUCAGGCCAACAGCCCUGCACGCACGCGCCGUCUCACUCCACCCUCACAGCGCUCGUCUCAGGUGGGAGACAUGAUCACGUCCGCCUUAGAGGAAGUGGAGGGAGGCGCAGAGAGGCCGUGUGCCAGAGCUGGGCCGAGGCCCGGGCCCGUGUGCCGAGCAUCCUGCUGCUGCUUGUGACGGCUGUGGCUUCUGAGCACUGCUCAGGUGCCGCGUAUGUGAUGUACGUCCUAGUGUCCAGUCCUCACAGAACCCUGAGGCCACAGCCCUGUCCUAGAGAACGGAGCAGGCACGCAGCCAGGACAGACGUUUUAUUAGCAACAGUGGUCAGUGGGAACUUCUGAAGGACUGAGGCCUGGAACUAUACUAACUUAAGAGGGUUGCUUUGGACCAAACCAGGAGGAGACAGGAAGCCUGCAGUGAGUGUCAGAGAAGACAGUAGGAUUGGGGCUGGCCUCUGAUGGAAUGGCUGAAAUGCCUCAAAGAACCUGAAAGGACGAAGGGGAGGGAACCAAGUUCUCUGAGGACAAGGACCUUGUUCAAUGCUUGGCAUCAGGUAAAGACUUGGUGGGAAAACCGCUGUGGAACACACCGACUAAGAGCUGAAAUAAAGUACAGUACGCCCAUGA